AUGAUGGGGCCACAAACACAAAGCAAUCAUAGGGACCCCCAGAGAAAGAUCCCCGGAUAUGUCCGGAUCAAGUCACACAACGUAAGGAAAAGUCAAUUUCAGAAUUUGUUCCUUGCCCAGGAGUUGGUAGGUAGUAAGCAAACUGAACCACGAUAUGCCAGAUCAGUUCCGCAGACUGCCAUAGGAAACAAGAUGUCAAGUGGUGGUGACGCUACUAUUUGGGCGGCUGAUUUCAGCCUGAGUGGUCGGUACUUGGCUGUCGCAGGUAAAGAUCGGUCUAUCAAAGUGUUCAAGGUCAUCGCCACAGAAGAGGAGCGUUCGGCACAACAGAGAUAUGAGAGUCAAUCUUCGCUAGCAUCGAAGAGCCUUCUGGCACCGGUAUUUCUAUCCCAGCCUUGCAGAGAGUUCAAGGGCCACUCGGCCGAGAUCUUGACUUUGAGUUGGAGUAAAAAUGACUUUCUACUCUCGGGUUCAACAGACAAAACUGUUCGUUUGUGGCACCCAAGUCAGCCAACAUGCAUUCGCAUAUUUCAGCACGACAGGACUGUGACCUCAGUUGCGUUCCAUCCCACCGAUGACCGCUUCUUUCUCUCUGGAUCUUUCGACGCUACACUGAGGCUUUGGGAUAUUACAAGAAUAUCGAUCGUUUACUCAGCGCUCAUGACGGAUAUCAUUACCGCUGUAGCUUUUUCGCCCGAUGGCAAGGUCGCGAUAUGCGGUAGUUUCAAUGGGACUUGCAUAUUUCUUGACACUGCAGGUUUGAGGGAAAGAAGUCGAAUAUGUAUCCAGUCUUCUGGCUCCAAGAGUGGGGUCUGCCCUAAGAUCACAGGUCUCCAGACGAUAAUCUCCUCUGACAGCAUCGACACGACCGGCCAAGCAAAGUUAAUGAUGACGACAAAUGAUUCGCGAAUCCGCAUAUACUAUCUCGUCGACUAUGGUUUGGAGUACAAGCUCGAAGGUAUAAGAAAUCAGUCGAGUCAAAUCCACGCCCGUUUCAACGACAGUGGAGAAUAUGCCAUAUGCGGUAGCGAGAAUGAUGAAGUCCACAUCUGGCACCUGAACUCUGGGGAACCCAAGGAGUUUCAUGAGAGGUUCCAUACACACUCUGAGGCGGUCACGAACGCCACUAUGGCUCCAAUGGUUACCCGAAAGAUUGUUAGUCUCUCCCAAGACCCGAUCUACAAUCUUUGCGGUUGUCGAAAUUCGAAGCGUAAUGAUUUACACGGUACUAGGAACCAUGCAGCAAAUAUGCUGUGCAUGGCCGAAAUGACCCACGAUUCUUCCCCUAAUUCAAAGAUGAAGAUGAAUGAUGCGUCGGAAGGUUGUUCUAGAAGUCACUUCGGUGGUCACAUAGUUGUCACAACGGAUACUCUAGGCAAGAUAAAGGUAUACCGUCAGGAUUGCGCAUUUGACACGCGCUACCAAGUGUCUCAAAGCUAUCAGGUUACUCAAUAG